GCUAACUGUACCUUGCUGUUAUUGUUUUUUUUAUUAUUAUUAUUAUUUUUGACUUUUUGUUUUAUAAUGGGGCUAGAUUCGAAUGGAUCGUUACUAACCUUUAUUAGCUAUAUAUGCUUUGUUUGGUAUGUUUUUAUGUUUAGUUUGAGUCUACUUGGUCAAUAUAUUGGACAAAAAAGAUAUAGACAUAAACCAAGGCCCAAGUCUUCAAAAUUAUCAGCAACGGAAGCAGAAGGAGUUUCAAUCAUUCGACCUCUAAAGGGAAUUGAUUUGGAAUUGGAAAGAAACUUGCAAUCAUCAUUUAUACAGAAUUAUCCCAAGUUUGAAUUAAUUUUUUCUGUUGCAUCAUCAGAAGAUCCUGCUAUACCCAUUAUAGAAAAGUUAAUGGAAAUACAUUCUCAUGUUGAUUGUAAAUUAAUUAUAGGAGAUCUUAAGGUGGGCAUUAAUCCAAAGAUCAACAAUAUUAUUAAAUCUUACAAGCUUGCUAAAUAUGACAUUAUUUGGGUCCUAGAUUCAAAUGUGCAAAUCGAUAAAGAUGCCUUGGGUCGAUCUGUGGAUGCACUAAAGCAAACGAAUAUUGGACUCGUUCAUCAUUUACCUAUUGCUCUUCACCCUACCAGCUUGGCAGCAGAGAUUGAACAUAUCUUUUUAAAUACAAACCACGCUAAAAUGUAUCUAGCGAUUAAUGCUGUUGGACUUGCAUCAUGUGUGAUGGGUAAAUCAAAUCUCUACCGUCGUUCUCAAUUAGGCUCUCUUGAGCCCUUUGGUCAGUAUAUGGCUGAAGAUAAUCAUAUUGGAGAAAAGUUAUGGAGUCAACAUUUGCGUCAUGCCAUGACAUGCGAUACAGCGACACAACUGCUAGGCUCUAUGUCUUUAAGGGAGUAUGUAAGACGGAGAGAGAGAUGGGUUCGUAUUCGUAAACAUACAGUGACAGUGGCAACGUGGAUUGAGCCGAUUACAGAAAGCGUGGUAUGUGGUUGGAUGGGCGCAUUUGCUAUGAAAACAUGCUUUGGAAUUUCCCCUGGCUAUUUUUUUAUGUUUCAUUGGAUUUGGUGGUUUUUAAACGAUUAUUUCCUUUAUUGUACAUUAGUCAUGACUUCGAGCGCUUCUACUUUAUCAUUACCUUUAUGGAAAUUUAUGAGGGCUUGGAUUUUGCGUGAAGUAUUGGCUUUACCUAUUUAUUUAUUUGCAAUGGGAGGAAAUGAGAUUAUUUGGCGCGAACAAAGAUACAUGUGUACCUCUAAUGGAUCUGCUAUUCCUAUAUAAAGUAGGAAUACUAUACUGUGUUGUGUCUUAAUCAUAUAGAGUUUCAUAUUAUGAGAAAUAAAAUAAACAAAUGUUCAUCAGUAAAUAACAAGAAAAAUAAGCCUCGUUUUAUUAUUAUUAUUAUUUAAGAGAAAUAUGGUAUAUCAUCC